CUUGGGCGUAUUAACAGGAAAUGCAAGAACUCUGCAGAAUGGGUGUGCCUUUUCUCUCUUUGCUCUUCCGGACUUACUACCUGUGGACAACUAAACAUUUUCUAUCCCGCAUAAGGAAGCAAAACCAACAUAAGGAAGUUACCUAUUGACUCAUCACCAUGGUGUGCCGCUGUGGUCUGCUCACCGUCAACAAGGAGCCUGUUCCCCUGAAGGCCAUUGAAGUUGAAGUGGAGGUAAAGGACCAUGUGGCCAACGUGGUUUCCACGCUGCACUAUGAGAACAAGGAGGACAAAGCCAUAGAGGCCGUAUUUGUCUUCCCUCUGCCUGGUGAUGCUGCCGUUUGCCAUUUUAGUGCCAAGAUUGGACAAACUGAGAUUGUAGCUGAUGUGAAGGAGAAAAAGGAAGCUCGAGAGGAGUACGACGAUGCCUUGAGCUCUGGCCAGCAGGCCUUCCUCCUCGAAGAGAGUGAACAGACCCCAGACAUUUUCUCUCUAAGUGUGGGGAGUCUUCCCCCGGGAGAGAGCGCCUCCAUCCGGCUGGAGUAUGUCACUGAGCUGGCUGUGGAGGCUGAUAGCGGGCUGAGGUUUUGUCUGCCUGUGGUGCUCAACCCUCGCUACCAACCUCAGGGAAGUGAAGGUCAUGGUGUCCAGGUGACGUCUAUUCCUGCCUCUCAAGUGCCAUACAGUCUGUCCUUCUCUGCGCGGGUGUCCUCACCGCGUCGUGUCUCCAAAGUGGACUCCAAUUUUUCCCUGGAGCCCCUGCAGUACCUCGACAAGGAGCAAACUCGUGCGGCCGUUAAAUUGGCUGCAGGACACACGUUUGACAAAGAUAUUGAGCUGUUGAUUUACUAUAAAGAUGCCCACCAGCCAGCAGUUGUGGUGGAGGCAGGAAAGGCAUCUUCCAAGCCUGGCACGCUGAUGGCGGAUGCGGCAGUGAUGCUCAGUGUUUACCCUGAGUUUUCCCAGGCAGUGAUGUCUUCAUUCACCACGAGGGGAGAAUUUGUGUUCUUACUGGACCGAUCCGGAAGUAUGGGAGGAGCUCGCAUCGACAGUGCCAGGGAUACUCUGCUGCUGCUUCUGAAAAGCUUACCCAUGGGCUGCUACUUCAACAUUUACAGUUUUGGUUCCUCCUUUGAACACAUCUUCCCUAACAGUAUGGAGUACUGUGAGCAGACCAUGAAAAAGGCUCUGAAGAUUGUCAAGGAGAUGAAGGCAAACCUGGGAGGAACAGAGAUACUUCGGCCCCUCAAUCACAUUUACAGCCAGCCCUGCAUUCCCAGUCAACCACGACAACUCUUUGUCUUCACUGACGGCGAAGUGGGGAACACCAAGGAGGUUACAACCCUUGUGAAAAGGAAUUCCAGUUCUCACAGGUGUUUCUCUUUUGGGAUUGGACAAGGGGCCAGCACUGCUCUCGUCAAUGGUUUGGCUAAGGAGGGCGGAGGUCACGCUCAAUUCAUCACAGGCGCUGACAGGAUGCAAGCAAAGGUGAUGCAGUCGCUGCAGUUUGCUUUGCAACCGGUUGUGGAGGACAUCUCGGUCAUCUGGGAUUUACCGAAGGGGGUGUCUGUCACACAUCUCUCUCCGCCUCUCACGACUCUUUUCCAGGGUCAGCGGUCGCUCAUUUAUGCUCAGCUCACUGGACAGAGUUCGGAGGAAACGGAUGGUUCUGUCAUGGUGAAGUACAGCCUAGCAGGCCAUCCAUUCCAGAGCAAGCUUGGCUUCCCUCUCCAACCCACAGAGGACACUGGAUUAACAAUCCACAGGCUAGGUGCUCGAACUCUGAUUCGCUCUCUGGAAUCCAACAUGGGAGAGAAGGAUAAGGAAGUGACGAAAAAGAUGGUGGAUGUCAGCAUCCAAUCAGGAGUGAGCAGCUCCUUAACUGCCUUCAUUGCCAUCAACAGAGACAGUACGGAAGCCAUACGGGGUCCUUUGCUGCGCAGAAGUGUACCAGGAGUCCGUGGUUCUGGAGUUUCUUACGCUAUAAAUACCCCAUACCAACGUGGUUCUCUUCAAAUGCAAGGGAGGUGUUGUUCCAUUGAACCUCAAAGCAAAGGCAAGUAAAACAUAGCAGAAUUUAAUUUAAUGGAAUAUUUAAAUAUUUUCUCAAGUGCCCCUUGAAGGAAAUAAUGAAGGUUGUCUCUCCCUCGCCCCUGGCGCAUGUUCUUUAUCCAAACAGGAAAGCGUCAUUUUAAAAUGAAGACACUAAGUAUGUCAGUGAAAGAAAUGUCGUUUCCUUCCGAGGAAAUACCUGAUGCUUCUUCCAUCCAGACAACCCCAGACACUUUGCUGCAGCUGGUGUCUCUCCAGAAUGCGUCGGGCUGCUGGGAGCUCAGCCCGUAUCUAACUGCUGCACUGAACAAGACCAGAAAGGAGGUGGAACAGCCCAAGCCAGCAAAGGUGAACGGGAACGUGUGGGCUACCAUUCUGGCUCUUGUUUGGCUUCAUGGAUUCAAGUCGGAUGCUGAAGUCGAAUGGAAGCUUCUUGCUCGUAAGGCUGUGUCAUGGUUGCUGGCUCAGAAUGCACCAUGUAUCACAGAGUGUGUCCUGGCUGGAAAUACUUUGUUGGGCUGCAACGUGCAAAAAGAAACGCUGGGUCUUUAAGGUCUCCAGUACAAUGAAGAACCUGCUGAUUUACUCCCAUUGCUCUGCACCAUUUGCCAUUCCUCCUUAUUUGGUUGUUGAUUGGUCGAUUUUUAGUGUGCAUUUUAUUACCGUUUUCCUAUAUAUUGUAAUCAAAACAUUUAAAUGAUAUGACAUAUAAUGACUGGUAAAUGGGUUGAAUUUACAAAGGUUACAGUAUUCUGGUCUAGACUACAAGUGAUAACCGAGAAACCGGAACUACCGUACAUUGUGUCACAAAGGACAAUGUGUAGAGUCUAUGUUUGUUUUUGAAUAGGAUUCUAAAUUCUGUUUAUGUUUAAUUCAUCUUUCCUGUGUCUGUCUGACUGUCUCUCUGGCCACUAUUAAAUAAUAAAGACUUCA